AUUAUUUAUAUUUUAUAGUAGCGGAGGAUGUUGGGGUCAGUACGGACCAAUGUUUACCAUAGUUUCGUUUUCUGAAAGCAUUAGCUAGCCGAGAAGUGCUUUCUGGCGUAUGCACCCUUGUGCAGGGCAGGAAUUAUCAGGAUUAGCAUUAAAAAAGCUGAGAUUUUUUAUUUACCAAAUUAUUUAAUUAAAACAACAGAAUGUCUAGUAUUCACGAAAAAAUACUUCUGCAAAUUUUGUGAAAGUAUAGUCAACUGAAAUCAAAACAGAAACAAAUUAAAAAAGAGCAAGAUAAAGAUGACAAGCCAAACUUUAUGGGAUAUUGCUCUAAAUGAAAGAAGAAAUAUCUUGAAAAAUGUUAGCGAAGGUCAUUCUGAUUCAACAAAUAUUGCAAGCGAAUCACAUUUGCUAGUAUGUGGAUCGAAAGAUGCAGGAAAGACUUCACUCAUACAGCGGUUUUUGGAAAGGGACGAGACACCAAAACCAACUGUGGGCCUUGAUUUUUGUUAUGGAAGAAAAUCAAAACAAAACAAUAUGUCACAAGUAAAAGAUGUUGCACAAAUUUGGGAGUUAGGAGGUGGAAGCUCCAUGUCAAAACUUUUGGAUGUUGUGAUUACUCCUUCCAAUAUCAGAAAAUUGUCUGUUGUUCUUGUAUUGGAUUUAUCAAAACCCGACCAACUAUGGGAAACACAGGAAACACUUUUAAAUCAGAUAAAACAGCGUAUUAAACAAGUCAUUACUGAAGCUUCAAAAACAGACACCAAUAUUGAAAAUGAUUUAAAAGACAGAGCUUGGCGGCGAGUUGGAAAGAACCAUACCGAUAAAAACACUAUUACUCCUUUGUUGGUUCCCUUAGUUAUUAUUGGUGCGAAAUCAGACUUAUAUCAGGAUUUAAGCAGCGACAAAAAGGAAAUGCUGUCGAAAACAAUACGUUUUUUGGCCCUUCUCAAUGGUGGGAUGAUUCAAUUUUUUAGCACCAAAGCUGAAGGUCUAACGAGUCGAGCAAAAAAUGUGUUAAACCAUCUUGCGUUUGCUUCCAACCUAAGCAAAACCUCUUGUAUAGAACAUACUAAACCAAUAAUUGUGCCAUACGGAAUGGAUACUCUGCAGCAGAUAGGUGCACCACCUAUAUCCGCUGACCGUCUCGUAAAAGCGAGAAGGGGAGGUUUACCAUACGAUUUGUGGAGUGAUACGUAUCUGAGUGUGUUUCCUUCUCAGAAAGAGGUGAAGGAUGAGAAAAAAAAUCCGGCAACCGAUAAACAAUUUGCUGAUGAAAUUGUUGACACUAUACGAGUACAAAAAGAUGAGGAGCUGGAAAGAUAUCGAAAAGUUAGCGCAAGAAAGGCUAAAGAAGCGCAGCUAAAUGCUAGUGUUGGAACGAAGCAGAAAAAGAAAUGAAAGAAACGUUUUUCUGUGUUUGCGGUGGCGUGCGUGAAUAUAUUCCAAUGCUUAUGCGAUUAGAUAUUUUUUAGCCUUUGUAAAAAAAAAUGUUUUAUUUAUUUCAAAUAAUAAUUGCUUAAAUUAGGA